UGCUUCAUGUCGGCCUUGUUGUGUAUUUGAAAGUCACGCUCUGUCCCGUAAAGAUUAUCGCGAAUGCGCUUGUAACUGUUAAUCUGCUCAAUGGUGUGGCUGAUGUAGUAGUAGCGGUUCACGUGCUCGCUAAGGCGUGCGUCAAAGUGACCGCCGUAAUCCCAGUAUCUGUUACGGCCGGCACCUAUAAUGUAGCAUGUAAGGAUGCUCAGACUGGACAAACUCUGGGCACUGCUGCUGAGCCAGUUACUGUUCCAGCACAAUAA